CCCCGGCUGGUCGUGGCAGGAACAGGGUGUUGCUGGUGCUGGCUCCUGGCAAGGCCAGGCCGGGAAGCAUGACGCCCGGGCGGCUGCGGAGCUCAUUGGCCCGGCACAGCCCUGACUCACCCCAGGAAGCACCGGGGUGGGCAGGUGUCCGCGCCCCAAAACAGCAGCACCUCUCCGGAGCAGCACGGGCACAGCGGACGGAGCCGGUGGAGACAGCUUGCCAGGAUGGUGCUCAGGGCGGAGGGCAGCGUGCCCAGUGACCUGACCCCAGAGGAGUGCCAGGAGCUGGAGAACAUCCGCCGCCGCAAGCAGGAGCUGCUGGCUGACAUACAGCGGCUGAAAGAUGAGAUAGCAGAAGUGACGAAUGAGAUCGAGAACCUGGGGUCCACGGAGGAGAGGAAAAACAUGCAGAGGAACAAGCAGGUGGCCAUGGGCAGGAAGAAGUUCAACAUGGAUCCCAAGAAGGGCAUCCAGUUCCUGAUCGAAAACGACCUGCUGAAGAAUACGUGCGAGGAUAUUGCUCAGUUCCUUUACAAGGGAGAGGGCCUCAACAAGACAGCCAUCGGUGACUACCUGGGUGAGAGGGAUGAGUUCAACAUCCAAGUCCUGCAUGCCUUCGUGGAGCUGCAUGAAUUCACUGACCUCAACCUCGUGCAGGCUCUGCGGCAGUUCCUGUGGAGCUUCCGCCUGCCCGGGGAGGCGCAGAAGAUCGACCGGAUGAUGGAGGCCUUCGCCCAGCGGUACUGCCAGUGCAACCCCGGCGUCUUCCAGUCCACAGACACCUGCUACGUGCUCUCCUUCGCUAUCAUCAUGCUGAACACCAGCCUGCACAACCCCAACGUCAAGGACAAACCUACAGCGGAGCGCUUCAUCGCCAUGAACCGUGGCAUUAACGACGGGGGAGACCUACCUGAGGAGCUGCUUCGGAAUCUCUAUGAAAGCAUCAAGAAUGAACCCUUCAAAAUCCCUGAGGACGAUGGCAAUGACCUCACCCACACCUUCUUCAACCCCGACCGGGAGGGCUGGCUCCUGAAGCUAGGAGGAGGCAGGGUGAAGACGUGGAAGCGACGCUGGUUCAUCCUGACCGACAACUGCCUUUACUACUUCGAGUACACGACGGAUAAAGAGCCCCGUGGCAUCAUCCCGCUGGAGAACCUGAGCAUCCGUGAGGUGGAGGACUCGAAGAAGCCCAAUUGCUUUGAGCUCUACAUCCCCGACAACAAGGACCAGGUGAUCAAGGCCUGCAAGACGGAGGCGGACGGGCGAGUGGUGGAGGGGAACCACACGGUGUAUCGCAUCUCUGCCCCCACGCCCGAGGAGAAGGAGGAAUGGAUCAAGUGCAUCAAGGCAGCGAUCAGUCGGGACCCUUUCUACGAGAUGCUGGCUGCCAGGAAGAAGAAGGUCUCCUCCACCAAGAGACACUAGCAGCCUCCGCUGGCCCUGCGAGGCUGGCUUGCCCCCGGCAGCCUGAGCAUCUCCCCUCCCCGGAGGGCUGCAGGGCUGGGGCUGCGCUGCAGCCUGGCCCUCGGGGGCCCAGGACCCAGCUUCAGCUUCGCAGUUUCUUUACUGGGGGGAGGAGGAGGGGGCACAGGCAUCUCGGUGGCUCCGGCCCCCCCAUCACUGCCUCAUUUCCAGGAAAGCAUCUUCACGGGCUGGAGCUGGGACACCGACACCGCUGCGUUGCAGGGAGCCCCAUCCUGCCCCGGGCUCGGCUGCAGGAUGGGGAGUGCUGCAUGUGUGUACUGUCCUCCCCUCCCGCCUCGGCCAGCCAGGGCACCACGGGCACCCUCCCUGCUCCCGAUCCUCCCAGCAAGCAUGCAGCCGCACAUGCCACUGGGUCACCCCCAGCAGCCACGUCCUGAAGCACUUCGGGUGUCCCAUCGGGAAGGCGAACGGCUGCUGGUUAGCAGCUGGCGGUUUUGGGAUGCUGCAGGUGCUGGGGUGAAGGGUGGCAGCCCCAGGGCAGCUGGGGGGGCCCCGCAGAGGCAUGACUUCUGGCCCUCGUUGUAGCGGGCCUGGGUCUGUCCUGGGCUUCCCCAUGCUGCUGCCUUGGAGCCUCCCAGCUGUCGCCUGCACCAGGGAUGGUCCCUGCGGGCGCAGGGACGGCUCAGGGGCCGGGAGUUGUCACGGUCAGCGGUGUGCAGUGGUGCCACAUGGGGCACAGACGUGUCCUUGCCCAGCCGUGGGGUGCUGGAGCUCAGAUGAGAGCCCCUGU